GCAAUUAAAAAUACUUUUGACACCUAUCCGUUUCAUUUCGUUUGUCUUAAAAGUUAAUCAGUAGGACAAAACGUAUCAUUUACAAUUUUAUCUCAUAGGUAAGUCUUUUGUUUCAUGACAUAGAGUUUUCUUUCUUCGUUAAGGUCAAUGUGAAGUACAGAAUAUCUUUUUGAAACAGCGACUAUUACAUUUUUAAAACAUUGGUAUUUUUGUGACUUAUUGUUUCAUUAAAAUAUUAUUCUUUUUUUUUCGAAUGUCAUGCAAAUCGAAACUGAGGCUAUAUAUAUUAAUUUUUGUGCGUGUAAUAACUAUCAGGAAAUGAAUUUUGCGGAUUAGACAUUUCGUAUAAAAUCGUGUACUAAACUAUGGCAUAUGGAUGUUGGAUCUUCAUUCAAUUAUCUCUAUAUUUCUUGCUGUUUAAAAAUGUUAGCAGUCAGUGUGAUGGGACGGGACCGUUACUAUUAACCGCAGGAACGUCACCGCAGUACUUUACAUCGCCUAAUUACCCAAGCAACUACCCGGCCAACUCUGAUUGUUCAUGGCGCAUUGAAGCUCCAAGUGUAUAUGAAAAGGUUAUCAUAAACAUUGAAGAUUUUGAUUCAGAAAGUACGACCAGCGACUACAUGGAUUUGUAUGAUGGAUAUAACUCGUCAGCGACACUCGUUAUCCGGAUGGCUGUGACAAACAGGAAGACUUUAAAUGCGUAUGUUAGCAGCAGUGAUGUUUUAUAUAUAACCUUCGUAUCCGAUUAUAGUAUCCAGUAUUCGGGCUUCCAGAUUCUUUACUUUGUAAACAGCACAGCCAACCAACCGGGAUGCGAUGAGAUUGUAGAUGUCUCUUCACAAGAACAAGUUUUGAUGUCACCAAAUUUACCUGACCCAUAUAACGCAGUUCAUUCUUGUUCAUGGACAUUUUCAUCGACCACUGGUAUAUUGUUUCAAAUAAAAUUUCUAGAUAUGGGUGGUUGUGGACAGAGUCACUUGAGAUUCUACGAUGGUAAUUCAACGAACGACAACCAGUUAGACACUGUUUGUUCCACGGCAUAUAUAUAUGAGUUUUCCGACGUAGAAACAACCGGAUUUGUUGGCCAUAUUGCAUGGACAGUUACCAACCAGUCGUCGGAUUAUUAUGGUUUUAUGCUGAUUUACAGGACAAAUGUCGUUACAACAACAAGUACUACUACUAUAACAACAACAGUUCCUACAACGACCUUAACGCCUGGAGUGUUUGAUAACUGCACCGCUACAGGGGCGUACUUAAGUGCAACAAUAUCCCCAAAUUUUGUUUAUAUAUCAUCACCAGAGUACGCUAGCGGCGAGUAUCCGAGGAAUACAUUAUGUAGAUGGUACAUCACGGCACCACAGAAUUAUUCUGUUGAGGCGUACUUUGAUGACGAAACAUUUGCUAUUGAAUACAACAUAUACUGUAGCUAUGACUACGUAAUCUUCUACGACGGGAACACAACAAGUAGUACCAUGCUGAACAAGUUCUGUGGGUUUGAACGCUCAACAUUCACCUACAGAAGCUCAGGAGACCAAAUGUUGAUCAUUUUCUCCUCUGACUACGCAUUACAAUACUCUGGCUUUAGAAUGAAAGUCAAAGCUGUUGAUAGCACAUAUCCUGGAUGUAAGGCAGAUUAUACCGAGUAUUCAGUGACGUACAACAAAGAAGCUGUCUAUAUUUCCAACAGUUACAACUAUCUCAAUACUACAUCAACUCCAAAUUAUGGUAUUUCGGACUACCAAAACAACUUGGAGAUGUUCUGGUUAUUCACGAACUCCGACACCAUUAACUACAAAAUGGUUCUUGAAAUAAUUAGCAUCAGUAUAGAGAGAGCAUAUGGCUGUAUCUAUGACAGGCUGGUUCUAUACAAUGGUCCUUGUAUAUCAGACGGAAUACAAGAUACAGUGUGUGGGUACUGGGCUAAGCGUUGGGAUCUUGAAGGCCCGGAAUUCCUUUUACACUUCCAUAGUGACGGAUAUAAAACACAGUCCGGAUUUGAACUACGAUAUUAUGCAGAGGAUAAGGCUGUUACUCCACCAUCAAGUACUACAACAACAACCGGCGGUCCGCCAGUGGAAGCUGUGGUUGAAGCGGUCAAGUCUCUGUUGACAAACUAUUCCAGUGAAAAUUUGCCUACUAAAGAUUUAAGUACCGCUAUAACAUCUUCCAUUGAUUUUUAUUUGGUUGGGAUCAAUGGUCUGGAUGAGGUGGAACAGAAGUUGACAACAACAGGCCAGUUCGAAGUAACUUGGAAAGACUCGGCUUUAACUUGGGAUCCCUUAAAACGACAGCGGGUUGUGCAAGUGCUAUUACCACAAGAUGACCUAUGGAAGCCGGAUAUUGCUUUGAUGAAUGGAUUUACAACUAUCACUGCCAUGGGCGCAAAAUUUAUGUUUAUCGAUGUAAAUUACAAUGGCUCUUGUAUAUGGAAGCCAUAUCAAAUAAUGGAAUCUGUAUGCAAGGUUGACAUGACCCAUUAUCCGUAUGAUAGACAGACAUGCGUGUUGAAGUUUGGAACAUGGUCAUCCGACGACAGUGAAGUGGUCACAGAACUUGGAUCUCUCGGACUGCAGAUUCAUCCUAACUUCCAAGAAAACUCAGAAUGGAAUCUUAUCAAGACGGAAACCAGACAGAAAGAUAAUAACAAUCAUCAAGUCGUAGAAUUUUUUCUAACAUUAGAAAGGAAUUCUCGAUAUGUCACAUUUUAUAUGACUAUGCCUAUUGUGGUGUUAGCUUACAUGAAUAUUUUCACUUUCGUGAUUCCUGUAGAAUCAGGAGAGAAAACGGGCUUUAGUAUUACUAUUUUUCUAUCUUUUGUAGUUCUUUUGAUAAUUAACAAUGGUUCCAUGCCGGAAAAUUCUGAUACUAUCUCUAUAUAUGCAGCAUAUGUUUUGGCAAUGACAAUUUUAAGUGCAGUUGCACUUAUAGUGUGCGUGCUACAGAUACGGGCAGUAACAUUCUCAGAAAGCACAUAUCCAAUAGCUAAACGUGUGAAAAAAGCAAUGAGACAUAUAAAAUUGGUUCAAUCAAUAUUAACAUGCCGCGGAAAGAAAAACAAAGUAGGAAAUGAUGACAAUGGGGUAUAUGAAUUUAGGCUGAAAAAUAAACUGGCAAAUGAAAAUCUUUUUGUAGGUAAACAAAGCAUCUCUGAAAAUGAGGAAAUUGGAUAUGAAACUUUGGCUACAAAAAAAGGAAAGAAAGUUACCUUUAAGGGCGACGAUGCGGUUGUAGGAGAUAGUAAUUAUACUGAUAGAUUUGUAAUUCCGCGUAAACGAGAGACAGAUGAAACCAUCAAAUAUGAUAGAGAAAAUACGUUGUUUGAUGCAGGAACGUUUGUACGGUCUGCAACAAUGAUUUCCAUAAACGAUAAUCUAUCCAUCAACAGAAAACUGAAAGGAAAUGACUCUAUCAGUAUGAAAACUGUUAAAUUUGCGGAUGAGCACGUAGGAUAUGAUAAACAUACUAAAAGUCGAAAAAGUAACGCCAGCACCAAUCCAACUGAUUACGAGCCAUUGUAUUCUGAGACGAAGUAUUCGUGUGAAACUGGAAAAAGACAAACACCAGAAGAGAAAUGGAAGGAAAUAGCUACCUUGACUGAUUCGAGAUCUACAUCCUACGUAGGUAAAGCUGUCGCAUCUCCAAUUCAAACUUUAGAUCGGCCUACUUCAUUUGAUGAAAAUCUGUCGACACAGAAACACGACAAACAUUUCUUGUCUACAGAGGAUAUAACACAACCAAAAGAAACAGAUAAUGAAUCAGAUAUAAAUAGAGGUAUACUUCCCGCUAGAACAAUUGUUAUAUCACCAAAACCAGAAUCAAAUGGCCAGUCAUUUCCUUAUGGUGAAAAAUAUUCGGAACCGUUGGUGUCCUCUCCUGAAGACAUUGAAACCGCAGGAAGUCAAAUAGACUCUUCGAAACAUCAGCAUUUACAAGUGACAGGUAUUUCUAACUACGAAUUAGACAUACAUGAAUCAAGCCUAGGUGACCAAAUACCAAACCAAUUAAGUGACAAUAUCCGACCUGCUUCAGUCUCAGCAAAGAAAGAUUCAAAUCAAGAUGAAAACGACAAACAAAAGCAAAUUACUUCAGAUGACAUUGUACCCACCUCCCUUUCAACUGGUGUUGCAUCAAAAAUGACUGUAGGUAACGCUGGUCGAUUAGAUACUCUAACUGAUGAUAUAACAGAAAAUCAACAAACAUCCGCAUUCGACUUUAAAAUGAAUAGACCAUCUUCAAAUGUAGAAAAUCGACCACUGUCGGUAAACAAACAAUGUUUGUCUACUGGAAGUAGAUUGAUAUUGGUUGAAAGUGGCCGUGCAGUCUCCGCUGGUAAUAACAGACCUCGUUCACAAGGAAGUUGCCGACCAGUUUCCAUUCUCAGCAAUCGGUCGUUGCCACUUGUGCGUCAGAGGCCUCCAGCUACAUUAACUCGUUCAGAUACAGCAGACACGACGUUUGAAGCUGAAGAAACAGACAGGAAGUUAGUACAUACUGAAGCUGAACUUGAAUCUGAAACAAGUGGUGAAAGUUUAAGCGAAGGAAGUACUAACAGUAGUACUAAUGACUCAGAGAACAAUGAUCAAAAUAAACUUUCGUGGCCUGAUCUUGUAUCUUGUACGGAUGUGUUGUUUUUCUUAAUCUAUCUACUUCUUACAACCCUAAUGACACUGGCCAUGUUUUUGACCAUGAUUACUGCUUAUUGAACAGUAUAAUGUUACAGAUUUUACGUAAGAAUAAGUUAUUGAUAUUUUAUUGAUUUCCAUACGUACAUUUAUGCAUUGUGUACAUACACUGGAAUGUAUGAAUAACAUAUAACGAUGAUUGCUAUUAAAUCUUACA